AUCCAUUUAAUUAAAGAGGUAAGUUUUACACUUUAUGAUUGUUAAAUUUUUAUAAAAAGUAACCAUUAUUAUAAAAAUUUAAUUUCAAAAUGAACUUUUAUACAUUAAUUGUUAUAUUUUUACAAUGUAUGAUUGCGUUUGCAAUUGAUACUACUACAAUUGAAGAGAAUUCGAGUGAAUCGGAUACUCCAAUUACGGAUACUACUGAAGUGUAUCUUAAAGACUUAUUCAGUCCAUUUGCUGAUAACGAAGGCAAUAUUGAGGUUUCUAAAGCAAAAGAAAUCAAUGAAAAGAAUUGUCAAAAUGACCAAGAAAUACUUAAAAUCAUAGAAAGUGAACAAAAGGAUGAGAUGGUCGAUUUUGAAAAUUUAGUAAAAGCAAAAUGUACAACCCUUAGAACUAUUGAGAAAAAAUUAAACAAUUACGGUAAAGAACAUCUUAAAGACGAUUUCAUAGAAAAAGAAAAAGUAUAUGAACUAAUAAAUGAUUAUGCAAGAGAUAACAUCUUAUGUAAACAAGCCGUAGAUAUUAUGGUGACUUGUAGUCAUGAUGAAAAUACUGAUAGCGAGUUAAUUAGGAAGAUGAAAGAUGCAGUAUUAUAUCCGGCUCCGAAUGCAAAUAUAUCAACUAUUACUAAACAAGAAGCAAUCGAUUUCUUAGAAAACGUUAUAUGUCAAAUUAGUUAUGAAGAACUGAAGAAAUUGAUACUUACAUACAAAAGUUCGACUAGGUGGUAUCUUCCUAGUGGACCAUUUGCAAAACCUACAAAACCUAAAAAACCCAAAAUGUCUAAAAGAAAAAAAGCACGAAGAAGUUAGGAUUUACAAUUAUUUUAAUUUAAUUGAUUAAAACAAUUAAUUUUUGUGAACUCGUGAAAUAAUAAAACUUAUAUAUUUGAUA